UUGUGGCUGCAGCUGCUGCUGCCGCUGCUGCUUCUGCUUCUCAAGCUCCUAUUCCUGAACCUCUUAUUGAUCCUGCACCUGUAGUUUCUCCUCCUGCACCUGCUGUAAUUUCUCCUGCAGCUGCUAUUACUCAACCUGCAGCUGCUGUUAUUCCUCAACCUGCAGCUGCUAUUCCUACUCCUGCACCUGCUGUUAUUCCUCAACCUGCAGCUGUAAUUUCUCCUCCUGCACCUGCUGUUAUUCCUCAACCUGCAGCUGUUAUUCCUCAAUCUGCAGCUGUCACUUCUCCACCAGCAGCUGUAAUGUCCCCUCCUCUCGCUGCUAUCCCUCCCUCUGUAGCUCCAACUAUCGCUGCUGCUGCUGCUGCUGGUCAGGCUGCUGCUCCAGCUGCCG